AUGUCAGGUGACGCCAUCAUGGCGGAGUUUGGGUCGGCAGCUUCCUUCCUGAGAAAGUCGGAUAAGGAGCGUUUGGAAGCUCAGACCCGACCUUUCGACAUGAAAAAGGCUUGUUUUGUACCCGACCCCGAGGUGGAGUACGUGAAAGCCUCAGUCAUCAGCAGGGACGGUGACAAAGUUACCGUUGAAACUGAGUUUGGAAAGACUGUCACCCAUAAGGAGGCAGAUAUCCAUCCUCAGAACCCGCCAAAGUUCGAUAAAAUUGAGGACAUGGCGAUGUUCACCUUCCUCCAUGAACCUGCUGUGCUGUUUAACCUCAAAGAGCGUUACGCAGCGUGGAUGAUCUACACCUACUCAGGACUGUUCUGUGUAACUGUCAACCCCUACAAGUGGCUGCCAGUGUACGAUCAGUCGGUGGUCAACGCCUACAGAGGAAAGAAGAGGAGUGAAGCUCCUCCUCACAUCUACUCCAUCUCUGACAAUGCCUACCAGUAUAUGCUUGCUGACAGAGAAAACCAGUCAAUCCUUAUCACUGGAGAAUCUGGUGCAGGAAAGACUGUGAACACCAAGAGAGUCAUCCAGUACUUUGCCAGCAUUGCAGCGGUUUCUGGCAAGAAGGAUGAAAAACAGGAGAAAAAGGGCACCCUGGAGGAUCAGAUCAUCCAGGCCAAUCCUGCUCUGGAGGCGUUUGGAAAUGCCAAGACCAUCAGGAAUGACAACUCCUCCAGAUUUGGUAAAUUUAUUCGAAUCCACUUCGGAGUCAGUGGAAAACUGGCUUCUGCUGACAUUGAGACAUAUUUGCUGGAGAAGUCUCGUGUCACCUAUCAGCUCAAGGCUGAGAGGGACUAUCACAUCUUCUACCAGAUUCUGUCCCAGCAAAAACCAGAGCUGCUGGAAAUGCUGUUGAUCACCAACAACCCCUAUGACUACGCCUACAUCUCCCAAGGAGAAACAACCGUAGCUUCUAUCAAUGAUUCUGAAGAGCUGAUGGCUACUGAUGAAGCUUUUGAUGUCCUGGGCUUCACCCAAGAGGAGAAGAAUGGCAUUUACAAGCUGACCGGUGCCAUCAUGCAUUAUGGAAACAUGAAAUUCAAACAGAAGCAGCGAGAAGAACAAGCGGAGCCUGAUGGCACUGAGGAUGUCGACAAAGCGGCAUAUCUUAUGGGCCUAAACUCUGCUGACCUCAUCAAGGGGCUGUGCCACCCAAGAGUUAAAGUAGGCAACGAGUGGGUCACCAAAGGUCAAAGUGUGCAGCAGGUGUACUACUCUAUCGGUGCUCUGGCCAAGUCAGUGUACGAGAAAAUGUUCUUGUGGAUGGUGGUGAGAAUUAACCAGUCUCUGGAUACCAAACAACCUCGUCAGUACUUCAUUGGUGUGCUGGAUAUUGCUGGAUUUGAGAUCUUUGAUUUCAACACCUUCGAGCAGCUUUGCAUCAACUACACCAACGAGAAGCUGCAGCAGUUCUUCAACCAUCACAUGUUUGUACUGGAGCAAGAAGAGUACAAGAAAGAGGGCAUCGUUUGGGAGUUCAUUGACUUUGGCAUGGACUUGGCAGCCUGCAUUGAACUUAUUGAAAAGCCCAUGGGCAUCAUGUCCAUCCUUGAAGAGGAGUGCAUGUUCCCCAAAGCUUCAGAUUCGACAUUCAAAGCCAAGUUGUAUGACAACCAUCUGGGUAAAAGUCCCAACUUCCAGAAGCCCAGAGUUGUUAAAGGAAAAGCAGAGGCUCAUUUCUCUCUGAUCCACUAUGCUGGUACUGUUGACUAUAACAUCACUAACUGGCUGGAGAAGAACAAGGACCCGCUCAAUGAGACCGUGGUUGGACUCUAUCAGAAGUCCACUCUGAAGUUACUCUCAAUGCUGUUCAUGGGGUAUGCGGGUGCAGAGUCCAAUGGAGGAGGCAAGGGAAAGGGAGGAAAGAAGAAAGGUUCUUCCUUCCAGACUGUGUCUGCGCUGCACAGGGAGAAUCUGAAUAAACUCAUGACCAACCUCAGGUCAACUCACCCUCAUUUUGUGCGCUGCCUCAUCCCCAAUGAGACCAAGACUCCUGGGGCGAUGGAGAAUCCUCUGGUCAUGCACCAGCUACGCUGUAAUGGUGUGCUGGAAGGGAUCAGGAUCUGCAGGAAGGGAUUUCCCAACAGGAUUCAGUAUGGAGACUUCAAACAAAGAUAUCGCAUCUUGAACCCCAGUGCUAUUCCUGAAGGGCAGUUCAUUGACAACAAAAAAGCCUCAGAAAAACUUCUGGGGUCUUUGGAUAUUGAUCACGAGCAGUACAAGCUGGGGCACACGAAGGUGUUCUUCAAAGCUGGUCUGCUUGGUGUUCUUGAAGAGAUGAGAGACGAUCGUCUUGCUCUCAUCCUUACUGGAAUUCAAGCGAGAUCCAGAGGACUGCUCGCCAGGAUUGAGUUCCAGAAGAUUGUUGAGCGCAGGGAUGCCUUACUCGUGAUCCAGUGGAACAUUCGUGCCUUUAUGGGCGUCAAAAAUUGGCCCUGGAUGAAGAUGUUCUUUAAGAUUAAACCUCUGCUGAAAUCAGCUGAGACUGAGAAGGAGAUGGCAAACAUGAAAGAGGAGUUUACAAAGCUCAAAGAGGCAUAUGCCAAAUCUGAAGCCCGCAAGAAGGAGCUGGAGGAAAAAAUGGUCACCCUUCUCCAAGAGAAGAAUGACUUACAGCUCCAAGUCCAAUCUGAGCAAGACAAUCUUUCAGAUGCUGAGGAGCGCUGUGAGGGUCUGAUUAAGAGCAAGAUUCAGCUUGAGGCUAAAGUCAAAGAGCUGACAGAGAGACUCGAGGAUGAAGAGGAGAUGAAUGCAGAGCUAACUGCCAAGAAAAGGAAGCUGGAGGAUGAGUGUUCAGAGCUUAAGAAGGACAUUGAUGAUUUAGAGCUGACUCUGGCUAAAGUGGAAAAGGAAAAGCAUGCCACUGAGAACAAGGUGAAAAAUCUGACCGAAGAAAUGGCAGCUUUGGAUGAAAUCAUUGCUAAGCUGACCAAAGAGAAGAAAGCUCUUCAGGAGGCCCACCAGCAAACGCUGGAUGACUUGCAGAGUGAGGAAGACAAAGUCAACUCUCUGACCAAGGCCAAAGUCAAGCUGGAGCAGCAAGUCGAUGACCUUGAAGGAUCAUUGGAGCAAGAGAAGAAGGUGAGGAUGGAUUUAGAAAGAGCCAAGAGAAAACUGGAAGGGGACCUGAAGCUAACCCAAGAAAACAUAAUGGAUCUGGAGAAUGACAAGCAGCAGCUAGAGGAAAAACUCAAAAAGAAGGAUUUUGAAAUUAGCCAGCAUCUCAGUAAAAUUGAGGAUGAGCAGGCAAUGAGUGCUCAGCUCCAAAAGAAACUGAAGGAGUUACAGGCCCGCAUUGAGGAGCUAGAGGAAGAACUGGAGGCAGAGCGAGCUGCCCGGGCCAAGGUGGAGAAACAGAGGGCUGACUUGGCCAGGGAGCUGGAGGAGAUCAGCGAAAGGCUGGAGGAGGCUGGAGGAGCCACCGCUGCCCAGAUCGAGGUGAACAAGAAGAGGGAGGCCGAGUUCCAGAAGAUGCGCAGGGACCUUGAGGAGGCCACUCUGCACCAUGAAGCCACUGCUGCCGCACUGAGAAAGAAGAAUGCCGACAGCGUGGCUGAUCUGGGUGAGCAGAUCGACAACUUGCAAAGAGUCAAGCAGAAGCUGGAGAAAGAGAAAAGCGAGUUCAAACUGGAGCUGGACGAUGUCGUCUCCAACAUGGAGCAGCUUGCCAAAGCUAAAAGCAACCUGGAGAAAAUGUGUCGCACUCUGGAGGAUCAAGUGAGCGAAUACAGGACAAAAUCAGAGGAGGCCCAACGUUCCAUCAAUGACUUCACAAUGCAAAAAGCAAAGUUUCAAACUGAAAAUGGUGAGCUCACCAGGCAGCUGGAGGAGAAGGACUCUUUGGUGUCCCAGCUGACCAGAGCGAAGCUCUCAUAUACGCAGCAGAUUGAAGACCUCAAGAGGCAGCUGGAGGAGGAAGUCAAGGCCAAGAAUGCACUUGCCCAUGCAGUGCAGUCUGCUCGCCAUGACUGUGAUUUGCUGAGGGAGCAGUUUGAGGAAGAGCAGGAAGCCAAAGCUGAGCUCCAACGCAGCAUGUCCAAGGCCAACUCUGAGGUGGCUCAGUGGAGAACCAAGUACGAAACUGAUGCCAUCCAAAGGACAGAGGAGCUGGAAGAAGCAAAGAAAAAGCUAGCUCAACGGUUACAGGAUGCUGAGGAAGCUGUGGAAGCUGCUAAUGCAAAAUGCUCCUCCCUGGAGAAAACCAAACACAGGCUUCAGGGUGAAAUCGAGGAUCUGAUGGUGGAUGUGGAGAGAUCUAAUGCUGCUGCUGCUGCUCUGGACAAGAAGCAAAGAAACUUUGACAAGGUCCUUGCUGAGUGGAAGCAGAAGUAUGAGGAGUCUCAAGCUGAGCUGGAAGGUGCCCAGAAGGAUGCUCGUUCUCUCAGCACUGAACUCUUCAAAUUGAAGAACUCCUAUGAAGAGGCUCUGGAACAUCUGGAGACCAUGAAACGAGAAAACAAGAAUCUCCAAGAGGAAAUUUCUGACCUGACUGAGCAACUUGGUGAGGGAGGAAAGAACAUCCAUGAGCUGGAGAAGAUCCGCAAACAGCUGGAGCAAGAGAAGGCAGAGAUACACACUGCUCUGGAGGAAGCUGAGGGUACCCUUGAGCAUGAAGAGGGUAAGAUCCUUCGAGCUCAGCUGGAGUUCAAUCAAGUGAAAGCUGACAUGGAGCGCAAGCUGACGGAGAAGGACGAGGAGAUGGAGCAGGCCAAGCGAAACCAUCAGAGGGUGACGGACACUCUGCAGAGCUCGCUGGAGGCUGAGAUUCGCAGCAGAAAUGAGGCUCUUAGACUGAAGAAGAAGAUGGAGGGGGAUCUAAAUGAGAUGGAGAUCCAGCUGAGCCAGGCCAACAGGCAGGCAGCAGAGGCCCAGAAGCAGCUCAAGGGAGUCCACGCUCACCUGAAGGACUCACAGCUGCAGCUGGAUGAAGCUCUCCGUGCCAAUGAUGACCUGAAGGAGAACGUUGCCAUCGUGGAGAGACGUAACAACCUGAUGCAGGCUGAGCUCGAUGAGCUGAGGGCUUUGGUGGAGCAGACCGAACGGGGCCGGAAGCUAGCCGAGCAGGAGCUGCUGGAUGUCAGCGAGCGAGUUCAGCUGCUGCACUCGCAGAACACCAGCCUCUUGAACCAAAAGAAGAAGCUGGAGAGUGACACAGCUCAGCUUCAGAAUGAGGUGGAGGAGGCUGUGCAGGAAUGCAGAAAUGCUGAGGAGAAGGCAAAGAAGGCCGUUACUGAUGCUGCCAUGAUGGCGGAGGAGCUGAAGAAGGAGCAAGACACCAGCGCCCACCUGGAGCGUAUGAAGAAAAACAUGGAGCAAACCAUCAAAGAUCUGCAGCACCGCCUGGAUGAGGCCGAGCAGAUUGCUAUGAAAGGUGGAAAGAAGCAGGUCCAGAAGCUGGAGUCCAGGGUGAGAGAGCUGGAAAAUGAGUUGGAAAUGGAGCAAAGGAAAAGCAGCGACUCUGUGAAGGGCAUCCGGAAGUAUGAGCGGCGCAUCAAAGAGUUGACCUACCAGACCGAGGAGGACAAGAAGAAUCUGAACCGCCUGCAGGACCUGGUGGAUAAACUGCAGCUGAAAGUGAAAUCCUACAAGAGGGCUGCAGAGGAGGCUGAGGAGCAGUCCAAUGCAAACCUUAGCAAGCUGCGCAAGUUGCAGCACGAGCUGGAGGAAGCAGAGGAACGGGCCGACAUAGCAGAGUCUCAGGUCAACAAGCUGAGAGCAAAGAGCCGUGACUCCGGAGCUAAGAAAGGAGAAGAGUAAACUCACCACUCACCGGGUUUUCAUGGCUGCAGUUAAAAUGUAGUGCUGUAGCUCUUAUUGUCCAUGUAGCCUGAGUGCAAU